AUGGUGGAUUUUCCAGGAUACAGUCUGUCUGCUUUCGCUGCCUCCUUCCUCUUUAUGGUGUUCAGCAUGAAGCAGUCAGAUGACUUCAGAGUGAUUGGCUCUGUUUAUCCUGUCCUGGCCAUGGUUGGGGAAGAUGCCCUGCUAACCUGCCAGCUCCUCCCCAAGAGGACAGCAGCGCACAUGGUCGUGAGGUGGUACCGCUCAGGGAGCAGCACACCUGUGUUUGCAUCCCGGGAUGGAUCCGAGGUGACAGAGAUGCAGAUGGAGGAAUACAGAGGCCGGGUGGAGUGGAUUGAGGACCACCUUGCCGAGGGGAAGGUGGCUCUGAAGAUUCAUAACAUCCGACCAUCUGAUGGUGGGCAGUACUGGUGCCAAUUCCAAGAGGAAAACUAUUAUGGAGAAACAAGCUUGUUGCUCAAAGUAGCAGGUCUGGGGUCCGCCCCUUCCAUCCACCUGAUGGGAUCUGUGGAAAGUGAACUUCAGCUUGUGUGCACUGCCAAAGGCUGGUUCCCAGAACCUCAGGUUUCUUGGCAAGACAUCACAGGAGAAGAGUUGCUGACUGCCUCUGAGCAUCACUUCCAAGAGGAAGAUGGCUUGUUCUACGUGGAAAGCAUGCUUGUACUCUGGAAUACCUCUGCAGAGAUUGUGUCCUGCUUCAUCCGCAACCCAGAGCUCUCUGAGAAGAAGGGGUCAAACAUCUCCAUCCCAGAGAAACUCCAGACAGAGCUGGCUUCCUUAAAAGUGAUUGGACCUUCCCAGCCCAUCCUUGUCAGAGUGGGAGAAGACAUAGAGUUAACCUGUUACCUGUCCCCAGAGACUGAUGCACAGGGCAUGGAGGUGAGGUGGGUCCAAUCCCACCGUUAUCCUGCUGUUUAUGUCUACAUGGAUGGGGACCAUGUGGCUGGAGAGCAGAUGGCAGAGUAUAAGGGGAGGACUGCACUGGUGCGUGAUGCCAUCAAUGAAGGGAGGCUGACCCUGAAGAUAAGCAAUGCCAGGACUUCAGAUGAUGGGCAGUAUCAGUGCCUUUUUGAAAAAGAUGGUGUCUACCAGGAGGCCCAUUUGGAUCUGAAGAUUGUAGGUCUGGGUUCUUACCCUUCCGUCUCCUUGGAGGAACUGAAGGAUGGACAAAUAAAGCUGAAGUGCACUUCGGAAGGGUGGUUCCCACAGCCCCACGUGCAAUGGAGAGACAGGGAUGGAAGGCCAAGACCGUCUUUUUCCCAGGAGGUGACUCAAGGCAGCCAUGGGCUGUUCCAUGUGCAGGCGUUUCUAUUGGCCACAGACACCUCUGUUGUGAAUGUGACCUGCUCCAUCAGCAACCCCCUUCUAGGCCAGGAGGAGAAAAUGACAACUUUUUUUCUUUCAGGUUAG